AUGGCUUCUUCCAUGGCUUUGAGGAGAUUGGCCACUGGCUCCUCGUUUUCGAGGUUGGCUAGCAACCAGGCCCGAGCAUUCUCCACGACGCGACCGGUCUCCCGCGUUAUCUCCAACGGUCCUCUGCGUGCAAAGGAGGCGUCACCCUUUGUGAGCAACAAGUAUCCUGUCAUCGACCACGAGUACGAUGCUCUCGUUGUCGGUGCCGGUGGUGCCGGUCUUCGCGCUGCCUUCGGUCUGGCCGAGGCUGGCUUCAACACAGCCUGUAUCUCCAAGCUCUUCCCCACACGAUCCCACACAGUCGCUGCCCAGGGUGGCAUCAACGCCGCGCUUGGUAACAUGCACGAGGACGACUGGAGGUGGCACAUGUACGACACCGUCAAGGGCUCCGACUGGCUUGGUGACCAGGACGCCAUCCACUACAUGACCCGCGAGGCUCCCCAGUCGAUUGUCGAGCUCGAGAACUACGGCUGCCCCUUCUCCCGCACGGAAGAUGGCAAGAUCUACCAGCGUGCUUUUGGUGGUCAGUCGCAAAAGUACGGCAAGGGUGGCCAGGCGUACCGAUGCUGCGCUGCCGCUGACCGAACUGGCCACGCUCUCCUCCACACACUCUACGGCCAGUCUCUGCGCCACAACACAAACUACUUUAUCGAGUACUUUGCUCUCGACCUGAUCAUGCAGGACGGCGAGUGCCGUGGUGUGCUCGCCUACAACCAGGAGGACGGUACCCUGCACCGCUUCCUCGCCAACCACACUGUCCUGGCCACUGGUGGUUACGGACGUGCCUACUUCUCGUGCACUUCCGCCCACACCUGCACUGGUGACGGUAUGGCCAUGGUCGCCCGUGCUGGACUUCCCAACCAGGAUCUCGAGUUCGUCCAGUUCCACCCUACCGGCAUCUACGGCGCUGGCUGCCUGAUCACCGAGGGCUCUCGUGGUGAGGGUGGUUACCUGCUCAACUCGGAGGGUGAGCGUUUCAUGGAGCGAUACGCCCCUACCGCCAAGGAUCUUGCCUCCCGUGACGUGGUCUCCCGAUCGAUGACCAUGGAGAUCCGCGACGGCCGCGGUGUUGGCGCCGAGAAGGACCACAUCUACCUCCAGCUCAGCCACUUGCCUGCCGAGGUCCUGGCCGAGCGUCUGCCCGGUAUCUCUGAGACCGCUGGCAUCUUUGCCGGUGUCGAUGUCCGCAAGGAGCCCAUUCCUGUCCUGCCCACCGUCCACUACAAUAUGGGCGGUAUCCCCACUCGCUACACUGGAGAGGUUCUCACUGUUGACGAGCAGGGCAAUGACAAGGUUGUUCCCGGCCUGUUCGCCUGCGGUGAAGCUGCUUGCGUGUCCGUUCACGGUGCUAACCGCCUGGGCGCCAACUCUCUGCUCGAUCUUGUCGUAUUUGGUCGUGCCGUUUCGCACACCAUCCGCGACAACUUCACCCCUGGCGAGAAGCUGAAGCCCACUGCCGCCGACGCCGGUGCCGAGCACAUUGAGGUCCUCGACAAGGUCCGCACCUCCGAGGGCCCCAAGUCCACCGCCGAAGUCCGCCUGUCCAUGCAGAAGGCCAUGCAGACCGAUGUCUCCGUCUUCCGUACCCAGGAGAGCUUGGACGAGGGUGUCCGCAAGAUGCAGGAGAUUGACUCACAGUUUGCCGACGUCGGCAUCAAGGACCGCAGCAUGAUCUGGAACUCGGAUCUUGUCGAGACCCUCGAGCUGCGUAACCUGCUCACCUGCGCUACCCAAACCGCCCAGGCCGCCGCCAACCGCAAGGAGUCCCGUGGAGCCCACGCCCGCGAGGACUUCCCCGAGCGUGACGACGAGGAAUGGAUGAAGCACACCCUGACCUUCCAGAAGCAGCCCCACGGCAAGGUCGACAUUGGCUACCGCAACGUCAUCGCCACCACCCUGGACGAGAGCGAGUGCAAGCCCGUGCCUCCUUUCAAGCGUACAUACUAA